AAGAAAGUUUAGGAAACUUUUGGUGGAACACCAAUAACUUAGGAACUCUCAAUAUCUGCAAUCUUUCCUUGAUUGUGUCGAUUCCAUGAAGAACACCCAAACUACCACCUUUAAUUGAAAGGAGUAAGAGAGAGAAAGUUGGAGUCUUUUCCUUUCAACAGACGAUAAACUGGAAAACAAAAUUCAAUCACGGCUUUUCUUGUGAUCAACGGCCAAACAACCCCCAAAUCCCAGCAAAAAACCCACCUCAGAAACAACAAUUUUAAUCGAUUGAGAAGAUUGGGUGUUGAUCAAUUGAGAACCCCUUCUCCUCACGGAGGCAGGGGUGCUCUGCCUUCUGACGGCGGUUGCCCUUCCGAUCUCCUCUAUCUUGCGUGUGGUGGCCUCUAUGAAACUUACCCUUUUCUUAUUUUGUGUUUAAUUUUAUUGGGUAUUUCUUAGAUUUUGCUAAUUUUGUAGAUUUCUUGAGAAAUUUUGGGGUUUGGGAAGCAGAAAAAUGGGGGGUUUUGAUAGGACUCUCACUAUUAAGAGGGUUCCCACGGUGGUUUCUAAUUACCAGGAAGAUGGUGAACAGCUUGGAUGUGGGCGCAAUUGUCUUGGAAAAUGCUGCUUGCUUGUGUCAAAGCUUCCUUUAUAUGCAUACAAGAAAGAAGAUGGAGUUAUGAAUGAAGAUAGCAUGGCCUAUUCAGUGGAUCAAGGUCCUCCUAUUUCCUUUCUUCGUGAUCUAUUGCUGGGACAGUGGGAGGACAGGAUGAGGAAGGGGUUGUUCAGAUAUGAUGUGACCCAAUGUGAAACCAAAGUUAUUCCUGGAAUAUAUGGAUUUAUUGCCCAGCUAAAUGAGGGACGUCACCUGAAGAAACGGCCCACUGAGUUCCGGGUUGAUCAGGUGCUUCAAUCAUUCGAUGUUAAUAAGUUCAAUUUCACCAAGGUUGGCCAAGAAGAAGCACUUUUCAGGUUUGAACCUAGUAACGAUAACAUGACGCAUUAUUUUCCAAGUGCGCCUGUUACGUCGGAAUCGGAGUCACCGAACAUUGUUGCUAUAAAUGUGAGCCCAAUAGAGUAUGGACAUGUUCUUUUGAUUCCUCGUAUAUUCGACUGCUUGCCUCAGAUGAUUGACCGUGUAAGCUUCUUGGCUGCUCUUCAUUUUGCAAAAGAAGCAGCUGACCCCUACUUUAGAGUUGGCUAUAAUAGUUUAGGUGCAUUUGCUACAAUUAAUCACCUGCACUUUCAGGCUUAUUACUUGCAAGUACCUUUCCCAGCUGAGAAAGCACCAACUCGAGUGAUAUCGGAAGCAAAAGUUAUCCCAUGUAAUGGAGUUGUGAUAUCUCAACUUUUGAAAUAUCCUGUUCGAGGGCUUGUCUUUGAGGGUGGUAACACCAUUGAAGAUUUAUCCGAUACUGUUGCUAGUUCUUGCAUUCGCCUUCAAAGUACCAAUAUCCCAUUCAACAUUCUCAUCUCUGGCUGUGGGAAAAGGGUCUUCUUGUUCCCUCAGUGCUAUGCGGAGAAACAAGCUCUUGGACAAGUGAGCUCAGAAGUGUUAGACACACAAGUGAACCCAGCAGUGUGGGAGAUUAGUGGACACAUGGUGCUAAAGAGGAGAGAAGAUUUCGACAAGGCAUCAGAGGAGUAUGCAUGGAGGCUUCUGGCUGAGGUAUCUCUUUCAGAGGAGAGGUUCAAUGAGGUGAAGGCGGUAGUAUUAGAAGCUUCGGGGUUAAAAGAGAUUCUUACCCAUAGGACUAGCAUCAAAGAAGAGGAAGGGAAUGAAGAGUCUUUCCAUGAGACUUAUGAAUCAGCUAAACUGCUGCUGAAAGAUUGUAUAGUUUUGCAGUGAAGUGAGCGUAUCUAGUGCGCAGCUGCAUCAGCUGCUGAUGCAGCUCAUUAGGUAUUGCCUGCCUUCACUGUGCUAAAUUCUGUGCUCUGGUGACAUUUAAAGAAGUUAGUCUACGUGUUAGGCCACACUGGAUGUUAGUUUCUGUAUAAUAAAUCAGGAAAAGCUAGUAAACUCCUCUAAACCUGGAUCUCCGGAAGCUCUGUCUGAGAACUGAGAAGCAAAUCUAUGUUGUCUGUUGUCUGUUGUCUGUUGUCUGUUGUCUGUACAUAAAAUAUGUACAUUGUCAAAAUAAUUUAACAUCAUCUGUUGUGGACAUUUAGAACUUUCUUUUCUGCCA